UGCAUAAAUAUGCUGUUGAAUCUCAGCGACUUUUCUCCCUCACACAGCGUCCACUAACGUACUCUUUUCUUACUUCAUCUUUAUGAUUGAACCACUCUUAAUUCUACCUGGCCAUCUACCAUGGCGGUCCCCGACGACCACAAAUACCUAUCCUUCAUUGUUGAAGGAGAUCCCUACUGGCGACAGGAGCUGAUGUACGACGGUGGUUACGGGAAGGCAUACGGGAAUUUCUAUUACCUAGGUAGUCACUGGAAGCAAAUCUGGAAGUACGACAAUCUUGAGGGAGACACGAUCGACGAGCGGCCAACGACUGUCACAGUCCGGACACGACUACUAGCUGAGACUCUCUUUUACUACGAAGACAAGUGUGUUCAAUACAAUACCUCGACCGGUGGACAUGAGCCAGUGACGUGCUGGAAUGAGUUUGAAAUCGAAACCCAGGAGUUUAAGGGGAUUACCGGCACCAAAGAGGAAGAUGGGUUACGAGGGACUGGGACAGCCGUCAUCUCUGACGACAGCAGGGGAGAGAGGCGGCCCAUAGAGCCUCGCAUCAGCAACAGAAGUCUUGAUGGUACUUUAAAAUAUCACAUCGGGCUGAACCUGCAGAAAUGUGCUCGGACGGAUACAUACGAUCUAGAAAAGUGA